AACGCAUAAAUAACGAUUUUAUUGUGUAAGGCUUUUAGCCACCAAAUUAAUUUUGAAUGUAGUCACUAAAGCAGAGGUGGAGAAUCCACUGUCCUGAAGGGCCACUGUCCUGCAGAAUUUAGUUCUUGCCCUAAUUAAACACACCUGAAAAAUCAAAUCAAAGUAUUUUACUUUGUACAUUUCAGUAAUAUUUACAGAAUAAUACAUUUGCUUGUUACACUAACAGGAAUAUUUUUGUUUUACAAUCGCGUUUUGGCUAAAGAAUCCUAUCGGCCCCCGUAGUCAAACUGUAGUCAACUUAUCCAGCAUGGCGUCCGCCGUAAGGACAUCCACACGAUUUUGCUCACUAGUUCUGCUCACGUCUAGAAGACAGAAUGUCAACAGUAUAUUUCGAUGGUCCUGUCGGCCAUGCUCUUCUCGGUCAGUCAGGAGCAGUCUUUAUGAGCACAUACGAGAAGGGUACAGUCAUAAACCCGAGCUGGAUAUGCGCCGGGUGUGCGAGGAUACAGAGACCGUGAUGGCAGAGGUGGAGAAUCGCAAAGGUGAUCUGCGCGCAGCUGAUGUCGGCCUCAUAAUCACAGUAUGGAAGAAAUUACAGAAUGUGCAAAAAGAAAUAUCAGAAUUGGAGAAAAGAAAAGAUGUAAUCAGUGCAAAAGUCCGUGCUAUUGUGGAUUCACAUGACAAGUCUACUCUGUCUAGUCUUGUGGAGUACAGGGCUUUUCGAGAGGAGGGCAGAGAGCUCAGAGAGAGACUGACUCAGCUGUAUUUACAAGAAAGUGAACUGGAGAAAGAGCAUUAUUGUCGUGCUCUAAGGCUGCCCAACAAAACACAUCCCAGUGUGCCAAUAGGAGAUGAGAGCCAUGCAAGAGUAGUUGAAUUGGUCGGUCAGAGACGAGAAUUUGAUUUCAAACCUAAAGGCCAUCUGGAAAUUGGAGAACGUCUUGACAUCAUAAGGCAAAGACGGCUUGCUCAUGUAUCAGGUCACAGAUCUUACUACCUGAGAGGGGCAGGGGCCAGACUUCAGCUGGCCUUGCAAAAUUUUGCUAUGGAUCUUCUUUAUAAACGGGGCUUUAUUCCCAUGGUUGUUCCUGAUAUGUUAAAAGGAGUGGUUUUUGAGGGUUGUGGGAUGCAACCUCAUGCUCAUAAAUCACAGGUGUACUCUCUGGAUCCCACCAGCUUUCCUGAUCUUAAUCUUGCUGGUACAGGAGAAGUUGGGAUAGCAGGCUAUUUCAUGGAUCAUGCUGUAAAUUUGAAGGAUCUACCCAUCAGGAGUGUUUGUAGUAGCACAUGCUAUCGAGCAGAAACAGACACUGGCAGAGAGCCGUGGGGUCUCUACAGAGUUCAUCAUUUUAACAAGGUUGAAAUGUUUGGUGUGACCGCAAAUGAGACGGGAGAGGAGAGUUCACAACUGCUGGAUGAAUUCGUUUCAUUACAGAAGGAGAUUUUCUCAUCCCUUCAGCUUCAUUACAGAGUCUUGGAUAUGCCAACUCAAGAACUUGGGCGUCCUGCUUACAGGAAGUUUGAUAUUGAAGCGUGGAUGCCAGGCCGCGGCAGCUUCGGAGAGAUUUCCAGUGCAUCAAACUGCACAGACUACCAGAGUCGACGCCUUAAUAUUCUCUAUGAGGCAAAUGAUGGACACCUUAAGUAUGCACAUACGGUAAAUGCAACAGCCUGUGCUAUUCCCCGUACCAUCAUUGCCAUAUUGGAGACACAUCAGACCAAGGAAGGGACGGUUCGUGUUCCUGAUGUCUUACAGCACUACCUCGGAUUGGAAGUGAUUGAGAAACCUACAUACACUCCUAUUAAAUAUAUUGGACCCAACCAGCCGAAGCGUCAAACCUCAAAAUAACUCUUCAUAGAAUACCAGACUUCAAUAAAGUAGUUUUUUGCUGUAUUUUGAAGAAUAGUACACUUUAAAAAAAUGCUUGGUUAUUUUCAACCCAGCAUUGGGUCAAAACGGGACUAACCAGGCAGCUGGGUUAAAAUUAACCCUCAAAAUAUUUAUCUUUGACCCAACAAUGGGUUCAAACAACCCAGCAUUUUGGGUUGAAACUAACCAAUUUUUGUCAAGUCAAGUGUAUGUAAAAUCUGUAUUUUCCAUAUUCAUCAAACAUGUUGUUGUUCAUCCAAGCACCUGGAGAAGAUAAAGAAUAGAUCGUCUCAUCUUCAGGGCAUGUGACAAAUGACAUUGUGACACGUAUGCACACAAACAACUGCUAUGGCAGUUCAGGCCACUCCAGACCUCCAUGUGCCUCUCUUUCCAAAGCUGGAUUAAUGAUGGCUUCCUUCUUAUCCUGUCUUUACUUCUCAUCCUCCCAGUCUCAUCGGGCCUCGGUUGCUUCUUUACAAGCAUUGCCUCCAUAAAGUCCAUGUCAUCCUCAACCCUUCAGUUGCUGUCUUCACUCAUCAGGAUUAAUGCUGCAGCGUCGUCUGAACUCCUGCCCGUACUCAUGGACCCACUUGUUGGCAACUGAGAACAAGGGCGAGAUGUUUGUGUAAAAUGCUUACAAUAUCACAGCUAAGGAUUACACAACAAUUUCUAUUUGCCAGACCAUAUGCCUCAUAUAUUUUUGAUCUACGACAUCUUGGCUCUUACUGAUAUUUGGAGCGAGAAUGAGUUGUGAAAUGUUAACAUCUGAGAAAUAUUCAGCAGGCCAUGCUGAAAUGUUACAGUAUAUAAUGGAUAAAUUUAUGUAUAUGAUAUUUUAUAUAAAUGAUCAUUCAAAGCUCUU